CAACAACAUCCACUCUGGUUUUGAAGAAGAAAGAGUUUUUUUUCUGCUAAAGCAGAAUUACUGAAGCGGAUGAGACUGGAUAAAUCGGGACGUUAUCACACAGGUGUAUCGCAGCAUGUCAAACCUUCAUUUGAAAUAGCUUUUAUGAUAGCAAAGCAAAAUAAACCUCAUACUAUAAUUUUAGGAGAAGAUGCAGAGCAAAAAAUGAAGUCUAUUUCUCUUUCGAAUCACACAGUCAAGCGUAGAAUCGAUGAUAUUGCAGCAGACAUAAAGUCACAAAUAAUUAACAAAGUAAAAUUAUCGCAAUUUUUUGCCAUUAGUUCCGAUGAAUCCAACGACAUCGUUAAUUGUGCACAGUUAAUAGUUUAUGUUCGUUACAUCGGCAGAUAUAUAAUUCAAGAAGAGAUUUUGUACUCUCAAUCUUUGACAUCAGGUACUACAUCUGAAGAUAUAUUUAAUUCAAAAUCAAGUUUUAUUGAAGAAAAUGAUUUGGAUUGGAAAAAACUCAUUGGACUUUGCACAGAUGGGGCUUAG